GGUCUAGUGUCUGAACGAACACAGUCACCAUGACUCUGUUGUGGCUCACGUUGUUGCUUUUUCAUGAAGGACAUACUCUGGUUCCAGUGGUCACAGUCGAACUGGGUCAGUCUGUGACUUUGACUUGUGAUUUUGCCAUGAAAUAUCAGAGCAGCACGUGGCUUUACUGGUACAAGCAGAGUGCUGGAGAUAUUCUGACUUUAAUUGCGAUGCUGCAGACAAGUAUAAGCCCCAAUUAUGGACCAGAAAUCUCUGCUUCAAAAUUCAUUGUAACAUCAAAUGAGCACCACAGCAGCCUUACAAUUUUCAGAGCAGUUAAUGAAGAUGAGGGGAUGUAUCACUGCGCUCAAAUGGACAGACUUAAAUAUAUAUGGAGUGGGACUUACAUAUCAGUAAAAGGAAUGUCUAAGAGGACAUCAAACUACACUGUUGUUCAGCAGCCAACGGUCUCAGGUCCCGCCCGUCCAACAGGUUCAGAGACUCUGCAGUGUUCGGUUCUCUCUGACUCUGAGAWCACAACCUGUUCAGGAGAACCCAGUGUGUUCUGGUUCAGAUCCAGAUCAGAAAAGUCUUUUCCUGACAUGAUUUACACCGAUGGAAAAAAGUCUGAAAACUGUGACAAGAUAUCUGACUCUCAGAAGAAAUGCUUUUAUAGCUUCUCUAAGAACAUCAGCUCCUCUGAUGCUGGGACUUACUACUGCGCUGUGGCCACAUGUGGACAGAUAAUAUUUGGAAAUGGAAGUAAUCUGGAAACUAAAGGAUUGAGUCUGGGAUCAAAGAAGGCCAUUAUAGUUAUUUUCUUCCUGUCUGCUGCCUUAGCCAUAAGUCUGAUUGGUAUAGCCGUCCUGUUAUGCUCCAUCAAAAGAAACAAGUGUGGACAUUGUCAAGAAGCUGUUAUCCUGGACCAAAACUGUGGCCAGAAAAGGCAACAGGGAAGGAAAGACAGAAGGAUGUAUUCUGCAGCUGUUUUCACCCUGAUGAAAUCUGACAACAUGGCAACAAAGAAAACAGCAGAAACACAGAUGAUGUUUGCUGCAGUAAAAGCCUACGGAUUUUAAAAAGAUACCCUUUGACCUUUGUGUUGAUUGACCCAGUUCAUUUUGUUAUGAACUAUGUUUUAAAUCCCAGAUUUAUUUUAUUGGAUCCCUUUGAUUAAACUGUUGUUUUACUUAAUUUAGGCUUUUUUUUCUGUUAACAUAGACAUUGCUAAAAUCAAGCUAUUGUUGUGGACACAUAAAUAAUGUGGAAAUAGAUGCGGUAAUAACAAAAUAGUGCU